AUGGUGCGAUUUUGGAAUUGCGCCAUCGCGGGAUGCCCAAACGCUGCGGCCAUCGACAUCGGCGAUUGCGAGCGAUGCGAGUCCAUGUAUUGCGCAACGCACAUUAGGUCUGUGUUGCAUAUAUGUGAGAAGGAACCCCUCGAUGACGAGGCCUGGUUGGCAGCCCAGACGGCAGAGUUGGUCGCCCUCAACCAGAAGACGAACCACGCGGCCAUUCUACGGCGCGCAAAAGAGCUUUCUGGCGGCCUAGAAUGUCGUCUAGAUGACGAAGAUCUUCUGGGACGUCGUCAAAUGGGCGGCAUGCAUAUCCACCUUCAGCUUAUAUUUGAAAAUGGGACCGUCUGGCUGGUCAGAAUCCUCCGAGAGAAGCACACGUCCUUCGAUGACGAACUCAGUAAUCAGAUCUUGCUCAGUGAGUGUGCGACACUCUGGUGGUUGGAGUCUGUUGACGUGCCGACACCACGACUUCACGGGUAUGGGCUGCGUGGCGAUCCGCGUAACGAAGUAGGUGUCGCCUACAUGAUCAUCGACAAGCUGCCCGGCCGACCUUUCAACUCGUCGGAAGCCUCAGAGAGACAAAGGUCAAAGGUGCUGGGCCAAUGGGCUGACGUCCUCUGCAUUUUGGGCAAGCAUCCUCUCGACAAGAUCGGAUCGCUGAUGUUUGACGCCGACGGGGCAGUCGAAGUAGGCCCUAUUGCGAGUGAUAGGACGGGAACGUUGCCUUGCAUAGGCCCCUUUGAAGAUGCGAAAGACUUUCAUAGCACCUGGGCCGAAACGUAUCUCGAACUCAUCGCCGAUGGCCAACUCUUUUCCCCGUAUUCGAUCGAUGCGUACCUAAUGUUCAAAUUCCUGGCGGAGCAGGCCAAGGCAGGUCCUUGGCUCAAAAAAUGGCAAGGCCUCAAUUUGGGGCCUUUUUUCCUAAAACAUGUGGACGACAAGGGAGACCACAUUCUUAUAGACGAUGACUUUCGAAUCACCGGCAUUAUCGACUGGAGUUUCGCGAGGGCAGUCCCAGCAUACGAAGCUUUUGGCCCUUCACUUGUGUCUGCGGACACCACCAAUCUCUUCACCGGAAGACCGGGGCUGAGUGAAGAGGAUGGAGUCUUGGGCCGAGAGUUGCAGCGUCGUGGGGCACCGCACUGCUACUUUGAAUCGGAUGAGAUGCGACGAUUCCUCUUCGGUCCAGGGAUGGGAUUGGACCUCACAAAAGAUGAGGCUAUUGACGUCUUCCGAGGCCUUGUGGCUACCUUCGACGGCGCCACGCCCGACUGGCAAGAAUGGCGGCGAGCCAGCCUAAUUAAGUGGGAAAACGAUGCUCGACUGGUCGCUCUUUGCCAGGCGUCGCUGGGGGCCAUGCCGCUCGGCGCACCGAUUCAUGCGGUGUCUACACCAGAAGUUCCUCGUUUCGAAACUUGCUCGUGGUCGAACUGUGGCCGCCCAAGCGUCCGCGGCCGAAGCUGCCAAACCUGUAUGAGACAUCUAUGCGCUGUCCAUAUUCUCCCUCGGCAUCACAAAUGCCCGUCCACUGCCUUCGUUGAUGAUACCACCUGGGAGAUGAGUAUCAAUAGUGAAGUCGAGGCACUUCUUACCCAAGUGGAUGUCCCCGAGCUUGUCCGCGUGGCCAGUUCACUCCGCAACGGGAAGCCCUGUAAGUUCUACCCCGGGAAGCACCUGGGAAGCGGCGCCAUGAUGGGCUGCGCAAAUUAUCACUGCUGGAUUGUCUUCGACGAUGGAGUUAAGUGGCUUGCUCGAAUCCCUCGGACUACGGCUUUUAGCGACAUUCCCCCAGAUCUCGUCGACUACCUAGUCGAGAGCGAGUACGCAACCCUCAAGUUCUUAGAGCACCUCGGCGUGCCUGCUCCUAAAGCCCACGGAUUUGGGCUUUCUUCUGACCCCGGAAACUUGGUUGGGAUAGGCUACAUACUCGAGGACGCCAUGCCGGGGCGGCCCUUCUACGCUGAUCAGGCAACGGCUGAACAGAAGUCGCAUGUUUACAACCAAUACGCCGAAAUCCUCAUCGCCAUCAGCCGCCUCUCCAGAGAACAAGCUUGCUCCCUUCUUACACAUGGCGAGGAGACCAGAGAGGGCGCUAUCGCGAGCAAUCGGUUCCUGUCACUUGGGAAACACGGGCCCUUCGCCGAUCCCCUCGAAUACUUUACUUCCAUCGCCGACCUUCACCUUGAUUUAAUCGCCGAUGGGCAACUCUAUCCGGAAUACCCUAAGGAGGCAUACCUCUUUUACAGACUGCUCAGAGACCGGGCUGCUCCGACCCUAGCCGCGGCUACUGCGUCCACUGGUGGGUUCUUUCUCAAGCACGUUGACGAUAAGGGGGAUCAUUUACUAGUUGACGAGAACUACAACAUCACCGCCGUUAUCGACUGGCAAUUUGCGCGAUUCGUCCCGGCGUGCGAGGCCUUUGGCCCUUCUCUCUUCACUGCCGAUCUGAGCAAUCUGUAUAGUCCUCUUGCGGAACUCAGCGCGGACGAUAGACUUUUAGCAGAGAGUCUGAGGCGGAGGGGGAGGGAGGACAUUGCGGAGUUUGCCAGCGAAAGCGAACUUGCUAGGCGGUUUCACUUUGGACUUGCUUCCGGACUUUCGAGGAGCGAAGCUCUGGGAAUGAUCAGGGCCGUGCUCUCUUUGCUUGACGGCGAGGCGUCUGAGGAGGGACUGAGGGAGUGGAUAGAGAAGGAGUGGGGUCAAGCGGCCGGUGAUCCACGGCGUGAGAAAGUUGAGAAAUUGAUGGCGGAACUCGAGAAGGAAAGAUUGGAAGAUAAUACAGGGUAG